AGUAAAUCCGUUCUCCGUCCGGGUCACAAGCUGUUUACAACGAUGGUGGCGGACGGCUAAUGCUAACCACAGAAGGAGAAAGCGGUUGUAUGUUUCUUUACUAACAUUUCGCUACAAAUGGCUUCUCAAAUCCCCAUUACCGUCAGGACCCAGCCGACGGCCGCCACCUCCGCCGCUCUCCGGGGGAAGAAACGUCCCGGUAGUCCGGCGGUGACCGGGGCUCCACAGGCCACCGGGAGCAACAAGAAGAAGAAGCCUGCAGUGACAACGACAACCCAGACCCAGGUGUUUCAUCAAGUAGCAGCAGUGGAGAUGGUGGCUGAGGUGAAGCCAGUGGGAUCAGCUGACAGCGGCCCGAACACCACCACAGAGUCCACCGUGAAGCCUCCCCCAUUCAAAGACCACACAUUCAUGCACUCUGGGAUUGGUGGAGCAGCAGCAGGCAAAAAGAACAGGACCUGGAAGAAUCUCAAACAGAUUCUGGCUCUGGAGCGGACUUUACCCUGGAAGCUCAAUGAUCCCAACUACUACAGCAUUGAUGCUCCUCCCUCCCUGAAACCAGCCAAGAAGUACUCAGACAUCUCUGGAUUGCCUGCCAACUACACAGACCCUCAGACGAAGCUACGCUUCACAUCUUCUGAGGAGUUCUCUUACAUCCGUCUCCUCCCCACCGAUGUUGUUACCGGCUACCUGGCCCUUCGCAAGGCAACAUGCAUCGUACCCUGACAGCUCAGUGAGGGCUGGAAACCUGAAAAACACCAGAACUGAACUCAUGUCAGUGCAGGAGGCUGCCGGGUCGACCGGGACGGAGCCGAGAGAAAACUGCUGGAGCUCAAAUGCUGCUAAACAUUGGCUGUGCUGUUACUGAACCCCAAGCAGUUUCUUGGUGAUUUUACUCACUGUGGACUCAUUUUUCACUCCAAUAUAAAGUCCUGCACGUCUAUGGAAGCAACAUAACCACGGCUAAAAGAAGAUCUCAGAAAUGUGUUUCAUGCAGUAUAAAGAUUUAAUAUCAUAAAUUAAAAAGUUUCAUUUUUUGGGAUUAUUUAUGUAACAAAAACGUAAAAAUAAGAAAUCAAUUUGUACACCAUAUGUCUAGGUACCCAGAAGUGUUACAGAUACUGGAAAAUAAAUGUGACUCUACAUACCACUAAUAUUUCACUAUUUACAUUUUUUUUCUUUUAAUCUGUAAACACAUUUUGCUGCCCCAUAGUUUUCGUCACGUAACUGUCGGCUGCAGCGAAGUCAUAAGUGUGCACAGUUAGUAAAAAUAAAAUGUGAGCAAAAACACCCAGAAAAUGCUCAGAAGCUUAAGAUGCUAAAUGUGUAAAAUAUCUGUUUGUCAUUGCAGAACUUAACUGAUAUUGUGGAGGAGAAAUGUUGCUGUUGGAAGGAAUCUGUUGAUUUUUCUUUGAUUAAUGUGCCUAUUAAAGUAGUUUGUAUUUUGCAA